UGCUAUUUUUCAGGACUUUUUUGAAUUUGAUGGACGGCCCGUCCCCAACAACGGCUGCGGUCACGAUUCAGCGUCAUGUACGAGGAUAUCUUGCUCGAAGGCGUCUGGCAAAGUACAGACAAUGCGCAAUUAUAAUUCAAGCUCACGUGCGAGGCUACCUUACUCGCCUCAAGCGCAGACCUCAUCUUGCCGAAUGCCGACGUGCGCGAGACCUAGGACGAAAACUGCUGACGACUCGACAAAGAAUCGUACAAAAGGAAAAGAUAAUGGGGAUGGUGAGGGGCGUGGGUGAUGUUCACGGUUGGGAAAGGAAGCGGAGAGAAGAGGCCGCAAAGGUGUUGCAGAGGUGGCAUAAAGGUGUCCUUGCACGAAAGACUUUCCAGAGGAAAAAGCUAGAGAGGAAAAGAGAAAGUUCGAAGAUGGAAAGGAUAAACGUGGAAACAAUUGUAGAGGAUGAAAAGGGUGAAAAUGCGGACCUCAAUGCGAUCUAUGGACAGAUCCUCACACGGCUACGUGAUCGGCGAAAAAACCCCCCCAGCUCAUCCGUCCAAAAUCCGCCCCUGCAAUCUUAUACAUCGACCACGACUCCAGUGCUACCUCUGGUUCGUGAAAUCGAUUCUUAUAUCACAUACAUUCAACGCACAACAGCUAAUAUCGCCGAGGAGAACUUUGAAGUGGCAGUACACAAUAUGAAUAUACACAUCCCCGUGCAGAGGAUUCGGAUGGAGCAUUUAAAGGCUCAUAAGCGGGCAAGAGGAAGAUGGUGGGAAAUUCCGGACGAUGACGCUGAUGAGUGGGAAUCAGAUAUGGCUGAAGCUGCCGACUAACGAUGAAUGCAAUGUGCGGGAAUGAGAUAUUUGGAGCACCGGUGAGGAAUACAAUGCCACGCUACAACCGAAUUCGUUCUUCAGGAGGUACCGCAACAGUGAUACAUGCAAAUGGACAGACACACCCCAGAAUAUAUAAAAGUAUGUACACGAUCGAUGCAUCUCCAAAAAGCUGUCUAGUAUUUAUAUUUCGUUGAGUAAUCCUUGGGGGACACGACCAAACCUCGUCCUUUUCUUGCACCGCGAUACACUGUCUCUGUACGUAGAUAACAUUAUAAAUCGGAUGUCCAACCUUUAUAUUCGAGAAA